AUGUUGAGAAGCGCUUUUAUUGUGGCCUUUCUCAGCAUUCCAAACCCUGUCGUUGCCUUCACUGGACUGAAGAACUGGUCCCGAAAAGCCAUCUACAAUAAGAUCGACUUAUGUAAUCAAUCGUGUUAUAGCCAGAUAAUCCCUGGCCUCUACCUCAGCAAUGCCCGAGCAGCAUCCGACCCCGAAGUCCUUCAACGGCUUAACAUCACCCAUGUGCUCACGAUCGAAGCACAUAGGCUGCCAAAAUCUACUUUUGCUGAUACCAAUAUUAGCACGCUCUUCAUUAGGGCCUACGACACUCCUCAAACCCAUAUCUUGCCCUACUUCCCAAUGGCCAACGCCUUCAUCGAUGAGGGAUUGCAGAAAGGAAAUGUUCUCGUGCACUGCCAUUUCGGAGUAUCCAGGUCCGCCACGAUCGUCAUUGCAUACAUAAUGGACAAAUACAAACUGACAUUCGAGCAGGCGUUUGUGUAUGUUAGGCAACGGCGGCGGUUCAUCAACCCCAACCCUGGCUUCGUAAGUCAACUUCGAGAGUACCAGAGACUGAAUUACGACGUAAACGGUUUCUAUCGGUUCGAGGCGUAUAUGAACGUGAACGCAAGGAAGCACAAGUAUAAGAUUGCGUCGCUCGCAGCUGUUGUCGUCGGCCUCCUCGUCCCGCUUGCUGUCCUGGUGGGUUGA